GACAGAAAAUGGACAGAAAAUGAGAAAAUGAAAAGGGAGAUAUCUGCUCUGCUGACUGAACUGGACGGAGCAUCAACAUCACUGGAACAAAAAGACCUACAGCUAGAGGAGAGACAAAGACAGAUCGAGAGUAAAGAUACAGAACUGAAAAGCAGAGAGAAAAUCACUGACGAGAAAGACGAACUACUCAAAGAGAGAAAUACAGAACUAGAGAAGAUGACUAAAGAGCUACAGGAGAGAGAAAGAGCUCUACAUGAGAGAAAUCAACAACUGAAACUGAAAGACACACAGAUACAGGACACACAAAUCCAAGUGGAGGAAAUGGAGAGAAGAUUUGUGGAGAUGAAAAAAGAAUUAAAUGAAAAAAAUGAACAGAUGAAGGUCUUCAAAGAAUGUUUAGAGGCUAAUGAGAAGACUCUUACUGAGAGAGAUGCAGUGUUAAUAGACGCAAAUAAAAAACUUCAGAAUGCUGCAGAACAGUUUAAGGAUAAAAACACACAACUGGAGAAUAUGAACAAACUGCUGAGUGAGAAGGAAACCCAGCUGAAGAAGACAGAUAAAGAGCUGGAAACCAGUAAAAAUAAACUGGACACACUGGGAGAGGAGCUGCAGGACAAGAAGAGACAACUACAGGAGCAGAUGAUCGUACUGGAGCAACAGAAAACUGAGUUAACAGAAAAAAACAAACAGUUUGAAGAGAAAGAGAGACUUCUAACUGAGAGAGAGACACAGCUGAUGGAAAGAGACAAACAGCUUCAGGAGAAAGACCGACUUCUAGAGGAGAAAACAAAGCAGCUGCAGGAACAGACAGAUCCAGAAUCAUCAGCCGCCAUCAGGAGAAGGAACAGCAAGGAUGGCUUACUGCCAGCAAGUGACGGAGAAUCAUCUAGUCCAGAUUCACCAGUGUCGGUUCCUGUACCAGAACUGAGACUGGUACUGCUGGGCAGGACGGGGUCUGAGAAGAGUGCAGCAGGAAACACCAUCCUGGGCAUAGAGAAGAGAAACCAGGCUGCUGCAGCUACAUCUCCAUCCACCCAGCAGAGUGAGAGCACACAGAGAGAGGUGGCUGGGAGGAAGGUGACUGUGGUGGACACUCCUGACUGGUUCUCUCCUGAACUCUCUCUGGAGAAACUGAGAGAAGAUGUGGGACUCUGUGUCCAUCUGUCUGCUCCAGGACCCCACGCCUUCCUCCUGGUCAUACCUGUAAAGCAGCCUACAGGAGAGGAGAGAGGGAUGCUGGAGAAAACGGAGGAGAUUUUUAGAGAGAGAUGUUGGAGAAACACCAUGAUCAUAUUCAGUGUUACUGAUGAACUUCAGAAGAAGAACAUUGAGGAGUUUAUCCAGUCAGGAGACCAGGAGGUCCAGAGACUUGUAGAAAAAUGUGGGAACAGGUUUCACUGUCUCAACAUUAAGGAGAGUGGAGAUGGUUCUCAGGUCUUAGAGCUGCUGGAGAAAAUAGAGCAGAUGAUAGAAGGAUGCAGAGAGAAAAUCUACAGUAGUGAGAUCUACCUGGAGACAGAAUCUCAGAUUAGAGAAAUAGAGACAAAGAUCCUGAAGGAAAGAGAAGAGAAAAGGAAAAGAGAGGAGAUGGAAGUGAGGGAAAAAAUAGAAAAGGAGGUGCAGGAUUCUCUGAGAAAGAUAGAGGGAGUGAUUCAGGAACAUGUAGACAACAUUAGACAACUUAAUGAUCAAAUAACUAAACUAGAGAGAAAGACGUUAGAAGAAAAGGAUGGAGAGAAAAAGAAAGAACUUGAGAAGGAGCUGAAACAAGUGGUAGAACAAAAGACAAUAAUGGAAGAAAAGGUAAAAAAGCUAAAAGAAAUGAGAGAGCAGAAAAAGAGAGAGAUGGAGGAAAGACACCAACAGGAGCUGGAGAAGAUUAGGGAGGUGUAUGAAGGAGAAGUCAGGAUGGAGGCAGAGAGAAACAUAAUGAAGAUCAUCUUGCCUGAACUCGAGAGCAACAUUUUGGCUUCAAAAACAAAGAUGCAGGAAGAGUUCAGCAGACAGAUGGAGGAGAAGCACAGAGAGCUGGAGACUCUUAAACAGAAACUUUUCGAGGUCACAGAAUCUCACAGUCUGCUAAAAGAAGCAUACCAAAUAACUGUAUUGGGCUUCACAGAACCAAACCCAGAAUAAUUUUUGUGAAUGUGACAGGGUGAGAAUGAGAUUCCUAAUACACUGGGUGAGUCGGAUAGGACCAUAAAGGCCUAUUUAUACUUCUCUGUUGAAUCUACUGUACAGUGUUGGUACGACUUGUCCAAUGUAUAGGUAGAUUUCUGGAGAGGUGCACAUUCGGCUACAGUGUAGGAAGUAGCAUAGGGUACGCAGCUAUGCCAUACCCUCUGGCAUUGAUUAAACCCAGAAGUAUAAAUUCUCCUUAACACUUCAUUGGAGGAAAAUUUCAAGGGAAUUUUUAAGGGUUUGAUGAUACACUGCUUUGACACCAUGAUGAGGUAAUGUAGCACUGCAAUACUAAAACUGAAAUACCAAAUCUCCAGGCCUAUCCAUCCAUUAUCUGUAACUGCUUAUCCAGGCAAGCUGGAGUCUAUCCCAGUUGACUAUGGGCGAGAGGCGGGGUACACCCUGGACAAGUUGCCAGGUCAUCACAGGGCUG